UGUUGGCGCAGCAGCAUUGGGCUGGACCGACGGCAUGGGGAAAAAGAAGGGCAACAAGAGCGGCGGGCACGACGAACCCCCGACGGACGUCUCCCGUUCCAAGAAGAAACGUAACAAGAAGGUCCAGGCAAGCAAGGAGCAGCAUUUUGAGCUGAAGAAGAAGAAGAAGGAGAAACUCGACAAGUUGAGGCUCCAAGAACAUCCCAAGCGCCGCCGACACAAGCCUGUUGGCAAAAAUGUCGACGAACCCGUGGACAUCCACCACCCGUCUCCUGACGUUGACAGCGAUAGCGACGUGGCCUCGACUGAAUCCACGUACAUCUCCAUCAAGGAAUCGUCCACUGACGACAAUCCCACAAAAGUGUCCAGGACGACGCUGAUCCGUUCUGUCUCUGAGGAUGACACCCCGUGGAUGAAGCCUGGCCAUCGAUACCGACUUCCGAACGUGUUUCUUUGUCUACACGACGAAAUCCUGGACUUUGUUACGUUCUUGAGUCCGACGCCAGAAGAAGUGAAGGCACGGAAAGCACUAGUCAAGACCAUGCAGGACCUGGUUGCAUCGUUGUGGGACGGUGCUUCGUUGAGCGCGUUCGGGUCUUUGUUUACCGAGAUGUACCUUCCAUCAAGCGACAUCGACAUGGUGGUGCUAGACGGGCCGAGUGGAAAGGAACCUCUGUACACGCUGGCGCAGCGGCUGGAAGACCUCGGGAUCGUGUCGUUCUUAGAGGUUGUUGACUCGGCGCGCAUUCCGAUCGUCAAGUUCGUGCACACCGAGUCGGGCCUGAGCGUCGAUGUGUCGUUUGGGGUCACGAGUGGGUUUGCGACCGGUGACCUAGUCAAGGGAUACCAGGAGAAGUUUCCAGCAUUUCGGCCGCUUACGCUUGUCCUCAAGUACUUUUUGCAGCAACGCGGGCUCAACGAAACGUUCAAGGGCGGAGUCGGGUCCUUUCUGCUCCAGCUCAUGGUCGUCAGCUUCCUCCAGCACAAGAAUCGGAACAGCUCGUAUUCAAACUCAAUGCAAGACCUGGGCCACCUCCUUGUCGACUUUUUCGACUUGUACGGCAAUGUGUUCAACUCGACGGACCUGACGAUUUCGGUGCGGGAUGGCGGAGCGUACGUGAUGAAAGAGUCCAGGAACUGGAAAAACUAUCAGCGACCAGACUUGCUUUCGAUGGAGAACCCGCACGACACGAAUCACGACGUCGGGGCCAACUCGUAUGAAGUGCGACGAGUGUUCAAAGUGUUUUCCCACGCGGCCAAGGUCCUCAAAGCAGAGAUUUGCCAUCGAGGGUCGGUCGACAUGCACCACGACGAUUAUGGGACGAGUAUCUUGGAAAGAAUCAUUGCCAAAGAUGUGCUGCUCCAGGAUCGCGUCGGCCCAGACACGUUUGGCUUUGCCAUGCGUAAACCCGACAUGGAAGCACUUCGACAUCAGGGAAAACUCCAUCGGCGGCAUUAAUUGUAAUGGACAUUGCCCCUUGCAGCCGGCGUGCUCUCGAUGGACCAGAUGCGCUGGAUGCCAUGGACUGAAAAGCACGCUAUCUCGAUCUUGCGACGUCGAGAUCGUUGACGAGAUAUUGCUCCAACGCAGAAACUAUUGGCAGCAUCAAACGCAUGGUACCAUUAUGUAGCGACUUAUUCUUCAAGUUCAAAACGGAGUCACUUGGGGCCGCCAACUUGGUCACUUUGGCCACCACGGGGACGACAUAUCCGACCAUACCAAGCGUCGCGGGGUAAAACACCGAAGAUAGAGUCACGGCAGCGGCCCACGUCCCGAUAGCCGACCCAACGUCGCCCAUGCCAUAUUGGUUAAGAAUUGGGAGGAUGUCGACGCCUUGGAGUAGCGCCAUGUAGAUGGAUGUGACCACGGUAAGGCCCAUGAACCGCGCUCCGAUCAUGUAGCACGCGCCGUACUUGUCCAUUACAGUCGUGACGCCGGACAAACCCUUCUGCAAGAUAGACGGAGCUGCCGCGGCACCGGAAGCUGGGAGCCUACUCUCAACUCAGGGAACAUCUUCGAGAUGCAAGCCGCCGCAGCGACGUCCAACGGCAUGCGGAGCCGGCGCAAUGGACGACUGCACGCAAAUGCAAGGGCGAAUUCAGGCGAGAUCGUCACUCCUACGGGUCCUUGUGAGGUUUAGGUGGCAUCGUCAAAAGCACCUGAGAGCUGGAGUAACCCGUACGUUCCAAACACGGACGCCAUGUCCGAAGCAAUCAUGACACCAAGCGUGAGUGUCGUGUGGUUUUUGAGCGCAGCGUUGAAGUGGUCGACGGCAUCUUGGAGAAGCGACGAGCGGUUGCGAUCUUCUUGCGGCGAGAACGACGACGGAGGUGGCUGGAAUGUCGAACAAACAGGGCGAGAGGCAGAGCUGAAGAUCCUUUGCGAUGUGCGGGAGGCCAUGGUGUGGCGCAUGACCGCCGGCCGAACCAACUUACGGGACAACAUGGCUCCAGAGGCACCACCAACGAACUGCGAAUGUCAUUGUGCGUAGCAUGCAAUGCGACAGAGUUGAUUGGUCAAAAUUGAUGGUAUAAUCCCG